AUGAAGUCACUCGAAGUUCCCUUAUCCGCAGACUCUACCUUUGCGAUCGUCAAGAAAGGAUACACUCGAUCUCUCAUUCAGCCUUCCAUCUUGGAAGCCUCACAACACUCGACAUGGGGGCGCUCAAGUAGUGGGUCCUUAAUGCGAUCCAUCGGCUCUGUUCUGCUGGUUCUUUUUGCUCCGACACUGGUCGUGUGUUCAUACAUAACGCUUUCCGCAUUCCAUGGCUCGUUUUACGAAUUCUUUUUCGCAGCUCUCCAAGACGGAUUCCUCUCUGUUGUGUGGUCGAAUCGACCACGGUUCAGUCAAGAAGCGACUGGAGCCUUCCUUCUAUGGGUUGCGUUCCAAGGCAUCCUCUUUCGGUAUCUUCCUGGGCCAAAACACAAUGGGCAACGAAGCCCGGCUGGUCACCUAUUAACCUAUCGCACAAACGGAUUGCGGGCUUGGUUCGUCACUCACGCUUUGGCUGUGGCUCUUUGCUGGUACGGCGUUCUAGACCCUGCUUUCAUCCCAAAGAACUGGGGAGGUCUUGUCGCUGUGAUGAAUGCAGCUGGCAUGCUGUUGUCGGCGUUAGCAUUCAUCAAGGCCCAUUUUAGGCCAAGCCACGCAGACGAUCGGAAGUUCAGCGGAUCCAUAGCGUAUGACUUCUAUAUGGGCAUCGAGCUAAACCCGAGAAUUUGGGGAGACUUUGACCUUAAACUGUUUACCAACGGUAGACCUGGCAUCAUAGCAUGGACGCUCAUAGAUUUGUCCAACAUCGCCUAUCAAUAUCAAACAUACGGCCAUGUGGACACAUCAAUAGUGUACGUCACUAUUUUGCACGCGAUCUACGUCCUAGAUUUCUUUGCGAAUGAAUCAUGGUACCUACGUACCAUUGAUAUAGCACAUGACCAUUUCGGUUUCUACCUAGCAUGGGGUUCUUUCGUCUGGUUACCGACAAUGUACACCAUUCAGGCCCAGUACCUUGGGCUUUACCCGACACCAACGUCGACGGUUUAUCAAUUAGCAGUCUUCUUCAUCGGAGUUGCUGGUUACAUCAUAUUCCGUUCUGUAAACAGCCAGAAGGACAGAGUGCGUAGAUACAACGGCCGGUGUUUUAUCUGGGGAAAGCCGGCAAAGUACAUUGUCGCAGCGUACAAGACGUCAGACGGCCAAAGUCACAAAAGCCUUCUUCUUUGCAGCGGGUGGUGGGGUUGGUCGCGGCAUGCCAACUACCUGGGAGAUCUGCUUCUGAGCAGUGCCAUGUGUGCCCUUGUGGGGUCUUCCAAGAUUUUGGUCUGGUUUUACGCGAUUUUCAUGACGAUCCUGCUGGUCCAUAGGUGCAAACGGGACGAGGCGAGGUGCUCCAAGAAGUAUGGGGCGGUGUGGGACGCGUACUGUCGAGAGGUUCCGUGGCGGAUUCUUCCUGGUGUCUGGUAG